AUGGCCGACGGUGCCGGGACCUGGGUCAAGCUACGGGAGAGACACCGAGGAGGUGGGUCGGGCGAGACGCUGUCGGGCAGGGGGCUAAGCGUGGACACGCCGAGGUGGGCGCGGGCUCGGCAGUCACGCUACGCCUCUAGCGACGUCGGUCUAUCCCGUGAUCGAACGAAUGGGAGAUCGAAUGGAUUGGAUACGAUUGCUGUACAGAAGCACUGCUCAGUCCCAUUAUGGGAAAGGGAAUUCUGCAGUUAUGUUGGCAACAUUUCUUGGCAAAGGUUCUGUGAAAACAAGCGAUAUAUUUCAGUAUGUAAUAUCCUUGAGCACUGGGAUGAUUCAGGAGCCUUUGAGAAUUUUCAGAAUUCAAAGGCAAGAUUCUGGGCUCACUAUCAUGGCCAACCUUCUGAUAUUUCUUUGCCGGACCCUGAUAUGUACAUUGAUAAGGUCGACCAUCGCUGCAAAGUUGACCCUGAGUUGGUAGCUGACCUGGAUAAGGUACGGGUACCAUUUGAAGUGGAUAAUAGUUCUGGCCUGGCUACUGGAUCGACCAAUGCCAGGGCAGAUAAGAACCAGUGCGGAAACUGGGAUAUCUAUGUUGAAAAACCAUCUGAAGUCAAUAGGUGGGACUGGGAGGCUAACUCAAAACCCGACUUGAGUUGGGGAGUGAAGAAUGAAUCUUCCAGUAUAUGGGGUAAGAGCAGCUCAGGUUGGGGUGAUGCUCUGGAGAAACGCAAUUGGCGUGGCUCGAGCAACGACCAUUACUCAUCAAACAAUAGAAAUAGCAACUUUUAUGGUGGAUCCAACAAUAGAUACCAGCAGGAGGAUCCAAGUCACGCAUCUGGAAGGAAACGUAACAGCGGAGAGUACUUCCAGCAGAGGAACAACAAGCAUAGGAGACAGGAUGAGCGUUACCAAAGAAGCAGUUGGCAGGAUCACAGGGGAAGAAAUGAUGAAUGGCGUCCAUGGCACUAG